AUGGCAGGGCUAGACGAAGACGUUGUAGACGAGGUCCUGUACUUGGCGCGAGCAAACGAAGCAGCUGAGCUCGAUUCGUAUAUGUCCGAAUUGUCCACACAGACGAAGCGAUCAAAGACGGAACUCUACACUGCGGCUAUCGACCCAUAUUCGAAGAAUAGCGCGCUGCAUUAUGCUGCUGCUAAUGGACACAACGACGUCAUCAAACUGCUGUUCUCGACCGGCGCCGAGAAGCCUGAACCCACAUUCCUCAACGCGGUCAAUGAAGCAGGCAACACACCCCUCCACUGGGCCGCGUUGAAUGGUCAUCUCGAAAGCGUAAAACUUCUCAUACACGCCGGUGCCGAUGUCACGAUCAUCAACCAAGCGGGCCACGAUGCAGUCUAUGAAGCGGAGAUCAACGACAAGAAUGAAGUCGUAGACUGGCUCCUUGGAGCCGUGGAGGAACUGGAGAAAGGAAUUGGACAAACUGGCGAAGCGGAAGCGGAAGCUGGAGAGAACACCGACGAGAACAUGGAUGAUGCAGACACAGCGGCGGAGCAUACCCAAAGCAACAGUGCAUCGGCGCAAGGGACUACAACUGCAUCGACAGUGGAAGACGUGCAGAAGCAGAUGGCAGACCUAGGUACCCAGGAUCUUGCGUCCAAGGGUGGCUGA